AUGUCAAGUAAAUUAAGUACACGUUCUCGUCGUCGUAAGCACGCAAUCUCACAACUUAAUUUAAUGGUAGUGGGGUUUAGAUCACUUGGGAAAACCUCUUUCAUUCGCAUGCUUUAUGAUACACUUUACAUACGUAAAAAUUCCAAAGAAGAAGUUGAAUUACCAGCCUCCUUAUUUCAAAGAGCCGAAACUGUGCAGGAUGCAGAAGAGGCGCGUACAAAAGAAUUAUAUUCUUUCACAUUAGAUAUUGAAGAAGAAGGAGAAAAAAUUUCUUUAACGCUGGUCGAUUCGCCUGGAUUUGUAAGGGACAAUGAACUUAGACUUGAUGUACAAGUAACAGAAGCAUUACGAUAUAUCGAAGCUCAAUUCGAUCAAACAUUAGCCGAGGUAACUAAUCAUAAUUUUGAUCGAUUGAUGAUAAUUAGUGAUUAUAGUAGUAAUCACUUUGGUAUUUAUUCAUUAAGUCAAGGUAUUAUUUAUCAAGAAACUAAAGUUAAACGUAAUCCAAAAGCACAAGACAGUCAAAUACAUGCAUGUAUUUAUUUUAUAGAUAAUGCAAAUAAUGGACUAACAGAUAAAGAUAUUAGAAUUUUAAAACGUUUAACAGCUCGAGUUAAUGUGAUACCGGUAGUUGCCAAAGCAGAUCUACUUACAACAACGCAACUACGUAAUCUUAAAAAAGCUAUCAAUAGAGAUCUUAAAACACAUCAAAUCCCUGUUUUUGAUUUUCCGGUUGACGAAGAAGAAUUAGAACCAGAUAUUGCCGAGGUGAUAGUCAAUGCGCAAUCACAGAUUCCAUUUUCCUUGAUUGCACCAGAAGAUGCCGAUAUUAUAGAUCCGUCAACAGGCGAGAAGAUUCGUGGUAGGCAGUAUGCAUGGGGUAUAAUCGAUUGUCUGAAUCCAAGCCAUUGCGAUUUUGUCCUAUUAAGGAAUGUCUUAUUGUCGAGUCAUCGUAAAUUGUUCAAGGAUAUCACCCUGGAAGUCUUUUAUGAACAGUAUCGAACUGAAAGAUUGAUGGCCAGAAAGGCGAGUAAGAUGAUUACAAAGGAACAAAAGAAGAAACUUUUGGAGGAUUUAUCAGAAAUCUAA